GUGCAGGAAAUUGCUCUCUUUUCCGAGUUUAGAAAUUUAAAAAUAUCGAUUUCAUCAACUUUUGCUGAUGGGAAUAUGGAAAAGCUGCAAUCUUUGAAAUGGGUUUUCUACGAUGCAGCGAAAAUAAACCAAAAUUAAGCGAAACUCCUUUGUUUUUUUGACUUCAAUGUCUGCUUAUUUCCAUCACAACCAUCGUGGCUAUGAAUCGCUUCAGAAUUCUCGAAAUCUGUCCCUCUUUUUUCGUCAGUGGAAAAAAUGGGUAUAGAAGGAAACUAGUUUGAAUCUCGAGAGAGAAAGAGGGGAAAGUUUGAAUCUUGAUUUCUGAAUAAUUUGGGUUUUUUUUAUUUUGAUGAAUUAAGUUGUGUGAAAGAAAAAAUGUCGGAUCUUUACGGAACCAAUGAAUCUGAAGACAUGUCGUCUUUCCUUCAAAUUCUUCUCCAAAAUUCGUCGUCCUCCGCCGCCGUUAGCGACGGCGCUGCGGCGGCCGGAGGGUUGUUCGGCGGCGGAGGGGCGGUGGCGGAGUCCUCCACCAGCCUCAGUCUCUCUGAUCCCAGCUGCUUCUUUGCCGGUGGGCCGAGUGGCAAGAAUCUUGCUUCUAAUUGUGAGGGAGGGGAAGCUUGUGAUAUACCGGUGAAUCCGGCUCCAUCUCGUUCUUCGAAGAGAAGUAGAGCUGCUGAAGUCCACAAUUUAUCAGAAAAGAGGAGGCGAAGUCGGAUCAACGAGAAACUGAAAGCGCUUCAGAAUCUGAUUCCAAAUUCUAACAAGACUGACAAGGCAUCUAUGUUGGAUGAAGCCAUUGAAUAUCUCAAACAGCUUCAACUCCAAGUUCAGAUGUUGACAAUGAGAAACGGGUUGAGUUUGCACCCCGGCUACUCCCUGCAGUCGAUGCUAGCACCCUCACCCGGUCUAGCCAUAGACGAAGGCAAUCCACUGCUGCACACAAGCAGAGGCACAGAGGCACUCACUAGGGACCAAGACGUCUUCCUACAGAGCUCUGUUGCACCCAUGAACCUCGGGCCCUCAGCCCUGCCAACGCUCGUGCCCUCCACGCAAAACACUGCCAACUCUACAAUGCUCCCGAGCUAUGCACCCCCGUUGCAGCAAAACCGUUACGGACUGCUCAACCAUAUAGCUUCCACGAAGGAUAUUUGCAGGGACGACGCGUUGUCAAGACUGAACAAUUCCUCACCGGGGGUGUCUUCAUACAUAAUUGAUCUUCAUUCUCAUUUCUCACAAAAAAAAAUGUCGGAUGGCAAAGGCGGCAAACCCGCCUUCCUCAACGACCAGCUCUCCAAACGCACCACCAUCUUCGGCCUCCGCCUCUGGGUCGUCGUCGGCAUCUGCGUCGGCGCCGCCAUCGUCAUCCUCCUCUUCCUCCUCUCCCUCUGCUUCACCUCCCGCCGAAACAAGUCCAAAACUUUAACAACCCACAAUAAUAAAAAUCCCACCUUUAUCCCCACCGUUUCCAGAGAAAUCCAGGAAAUCCGGGUCGACCCGCCCCGGGCCGACCCGGAUCCGGAGCCGGCCCACGUGGAGGUGAAGAAGGGUGAUCAGAAUGACGGCGGGGGGCCGGAGGUUUCGCAUCUGGGGUGGGGCCACUGGUACACGCUGAGGGAGCUUGAGGAGGCUACUAAUGAGUUUGCUGAUGAGAAUGUGAUUGGGGAAGGUGGGUAUGGGAUUGUUUAUAAGGGUGUUUUGGAGGAGGAUCAUAAGGUUGCCGUCAAGAAUUUGCUCAAUAACAGGGGUCAAGCGGAGAGAGAGUUUAAGGUUGAGGUGGAGGCGAUUGGGCGUGUGAGGCACAAGAAUUUGGUGAGGUUGCUUGGUUAUUGUGCUGAAGGAACUCACAGGAUGCUUGUCUAUGAGUAUGUGAAUAAUGGGAAUUUAGAGCAAUGGCUUCAUGGAGAUGUAGGGCCGUGCAGCCCUCUAACAUGGGAGAUUCGAAUGAACAUCAUUCUUGGAACGGCAAAAGGCUUGACGUAUCUGCACGAGUGCCUCGAGCCUAAGGUGGUCCACCGCGACAUAAAGUCGAGCAACAUCUUGCUGGACCGGCAGUGGCACGCCAAGGUGUCCGAUUUUGGCCUUGCGAAGCUCAUAGGCUCGGAGAAGAGCUACAUCACCACGCGAGUCAUGGGAACGUUUGGCUACGUUGCCCCUGAAUAUGCCAGCACCGGGAUGUUGAAUGAGAGGAGCGACGUCUACAGCUUUGGCAUCCUCGUUAUGGAGAUCAUCACGGGGAGGCACCCGGUGGACUAUGGCCGCCCCACCGGGGAGGUAAACUUGGUCGAUUGGCUUAAAACAAUGGUAUCCAACCGCGAAUCUGAGGGCGUGUUGGAUCCAAAAUUACCGGAUAAGCCCUCUACGCGAGCAUUGAAGCGCGCCCUUUUGGUCGCGUUGAGAUGUGUGGAUCCAAACGCCCAAAAAAGGCCGAAGAUGGGCCAUAUAGUCCACAUGCUCGAAGCGGACGAUUUCCCUUUUCGUGAUGAUCGCAGGGGAGGCGUGAAGGAACAGCACGGGAAAUCAAGUCGUGAUGGCGCCAUGCCAAUGGAGAAGCGGUUGAGCGAGCCGGGUGACAGCAGCGGAUACGAGAGCAGCGUUCAAACGGAUAGGACGAUGUUGAGGAAGGGGGAAGGAGACGACGAGCAAUAGAAUGGCCGUCGAGACGACAACGGCCUUUCUAUGUAAAUACUGUGAUUUUGGCCUCAGCUUUUGGCAUGAAAGGUGAUCAUAGCUCAUUUCAUGUUGAUAUAAUAUAGCAACUGUUAUAGUGUAACAUAAAGAUAUAUAUAGUGUUUACAGUAUGAUUCAUUUGUGGUGUUUUAUUGAAUUUAAAGUCUGUGUAUGUUUCCACAUAAUGCAAAGCAAAUUUGUUUGACAAUUUUCCCAGAUGUAAUUAUUGUAAGCAAUAUAUGUUGGAAGUUAUUGCA